UACAAGUCCUGAAUUUUGAAUUGUUGAAUGUGAGUCACGAGUGCGAAAGCUGAAUGCAACUCAAGACUCAAGAAAAGGUGACACAAGCGAGAUGGCCUGGACUUCUCUCGCUCGGUCUCCUCUCUCUACACGCGCACCGCUCGGGCACCGCCUACCAGAGAAGACGAGCCAGCCUAGAUUCGCGCUUGGAUGCUGAUUCAAGAUUGAGCUUUGUUGAGACUGACCGGACCCUCCUCUGCCGCCGGCUGAUGCGCUUCAAGACCCUGUCCGGCUCGUGAAGGGCCGCGCGCGCGCGCGCCCGGCCCCCCCCCCCCCCCC